CAGUGUGUGGCAGUUUGCUAUUGGCUGGUAGACCUUCUAGCUGAUCAAAGUGAUAAUAUUGUUUUCUCAAAAACACGUACAGUAUUGUGUCAAGAUUUCUAGGGUGAAUAUUGCUGAAUUACUUCAUCUGAAUUAUUCAUUUGGAGAUACGAGUGACUUGUAUCAAUCAAAAAUGACGAAAUCGAUUAUCUAUACUAUAUUGAUGAUUAUCAUGAUGAUGUUUAUUUCAUCGGUGAUACUGGACAUUUCACAAGCAAGGAGAGACGAAUAUUUAGAAUCCUUCAAAGUAUUUGAUUACGACAAAGAUGGAUUCAUAACAAAAGGAGAUACUGAAAAUUAUUUGGAACACAGUGAAUUUGAAGACGUUUUGUCUGAGCAUCAAAAAAAAACGUUCAAGAAAAGUAUUAUGGCAGAAAUUGAUAAAAAUGGAGGAAGAAUUAGUCAAGAAGCAUAUAUUUUAUUCAUGGACAAAAUGGACCAAGAGAAUCCUUCUGCGAAUGUACAGUCAGUGAGAAAUAUGUUUCCUGGCAAGAGAAGCGUUACCAAGGAUGAAUUAUGUUCGAAAAUUCCAGGCCUGAUCAAAGAGCAUCUCAAUGACAGUUACACUAUUGAAGAAAUAGUUGAAUUGGUUUACUUCAAGGGAAAUUGCUGUUGGAAAAGAAGUUCCUGUUGAGAAAGGAGUUGACGUUGAGAAAGAAGUUCACGUUGAGAGACCUGAAGUAGUUCAAUAAUAACCCUAUCAACCAGAGAUUCAUAAUAUACGUUUUAUUGUUAUUGAAUAUACUAUGAAUCAUCAUUAAUUUGUCAGAUUGUGUGUUACAUAAUUGAACUACUCAAAUUCGUUGGGUAAUUGAACCGUAAAAAUUUAAAUAAAACUUGAUUUUCUUCGUGUGAA